GCCGCCCGCGCGCGGGGUGUGUGAGGACGCGCUCUGGGUCGCGGAGUGCCUGAGCAGAGGAGCAGUUGCUGUGGUACCUGCUACUGCCCCAGUGGACGCAGAGCAUCGGAGCGAGCGCUGUGGCGUGGGGGCAGGAAGGCGAAGUCAUGUCCGUCAGGGAAAAUAUUCUCUUUGGAAUGGGAAAUCCUCUUCUUGACAUCUCUGCUGUAGUGGACAAAGAUUUCCUUGAUAAGUAUUCUCUGAAAGCAAAUGACCAAAUCUUGGCUGAAGAAAAGCACAAGGAACUGUUUGAUGAACUUGUAAAAAAAUUCAAAGUUGAAUAUCAUGCUGGUGGCUCUACCCAGAAUUCAAUUAGAGUGGCUCAGUGGAUGAUUCAGCAGCCACACAAAGCAGCAACAUUUUUUGGAUGCAUUGGGAUAGAUAAAUUUGGAGAGAUCCUGAAGAGAAAAGCUGCUGAAGCCCAUGUGGAUGCUUAUUACUAUGAGCAGAAUGAGCAGCCAACAGGAACUUGCGCUGCAUGCAUCACUGGUAGCAACAGGUCCCUUAUAGCUAAUCUUGCAGCUGCCAAUUGUUACAAAAAGGAAGAACAUCUUGAUCUGGAGAAAAACUGGAUGUUGGUAGAAAAAGCAAGAGUUUGUUAUAUAGCAGGCUUCUUUCUUACAGCAUCCCCAGAGUCAGUAUUAAAAGUGGCUCGCCAUGCUUCUGAAAACAACAGGAUUUUCACUUUGAAUCUGUCUGCACCAUUUAUUAGCCAGUUCUACAAGGAAUCAUUGAUGAAAGUUAUGCCUUAUGUCGACAUACUUUUUGGAAAUGAGACGGAAGCUGCCACUUUUGCUAGAGAGCAAGGCUUUGAGACUAAAGACAUUAAAGAAAUAGCCAGAAAGACACAAGCUCUGCCAAAGGCGAACUCAAAGAGGCAACGAAUCGUGAUCUUCACACAAGGGAAAGAUGACACUAUAAUGGCUACAGAAAAUGAAGUCACUGCUUUUGCUGUCUUGGAUCAAGACCAGAAAGAAAUUAUUGACACCAUUGGAGCUGGAGAUGCGUUUGUUGGAGGUUUUCUGUCCCAGCUGGUCUCUGAUAAACCUCUGACUGAAUGCAUCCGUGCCGGCCACUAUGCAGCAAAUGUCAUAAUUAGGCGCACUGGCUGCACCUUUCCUGAGAAGCCAGAUUUCCACUGAUGGAGGAGCAGUUAACCCAGGCCCAGGAGUAAGACACUGCCCUGAUUGCUUCCUGAGAAUUCCCACAUUAAUAAAGAAGAAAAUUACCUGCUAUCUUUCCUACUAUAAUAAUGUUCAUUCUUAAUUUAGAGGGUACAGUAGUGCUUGUAGAAUCUUUAGUCUCUCAACAACCUGGAAAAAAAAAAAAGUUUAUUUCCUUAGUUUGUUAAUGCCUCUUAAAUGUCAGUUACGUGGGAAUUUAACAUUUCAGUAGAAAUUUUUAUUUCAUUUUCAAUUACUUUGUAAAUUCAUGUGUGUGCAGUAAAUUGAUCCGUUUCUUUACAUUUCUGCUUUGAAUGCAGAUGCAAUUUAAUAUAAUAGAUUUUUUUAAAGAAAUUAAUCCUAAUACAUCAAUCUUUAGCUUUUUAUAUAAAUAUAUUUAAUUUAGGAGUGUGAGUGGCACACAUGGAUAAAUGUACCACAUCUACACAUGACAAAUGGUCAGAUAAGGUACAGAAAUGUUUAUCUUGCCAAAUUAUUCUAAAUAGUCUCUUCAGUGUGUACUCAAACAUAUAAUGAACUUUGGAUUAUUGAAUAAUUUGCCAAAUUGUAGGUUGUAUUACAAUAUUCAAAGUAUGACCUUAUGCUUACUUAUGGUACUCUGUAAUUUGAUACAAAUAAAAACUUGUCAUAUAGGAGUUUUUUUCUG